AUGAACCUUCAAAAUCUACCGUCAGAGAUCCUUGAUAAUUGCGUCCGGUUCCUGAAUCAUGCCUCUGACAUAGCAACAUGUCGUCUGGUCUCGAAAAGACUGGCCAACAUAUGCGCUACGAUGCUAUGCCGGUCUAUAUAUAUUCGCAUAUCCAACGAUACUCUGGACAGCCUGGAAACUCUCUGCCAGAACCCGCUUAUUGUCAGAUGGAUCAAAACCGUCAAUUUCGAUCUUUCCUUCUACGAUAUCGUCUUCUCAAGGGGCCUGGCAUCAUUUGCGGAGUGGACUGCCGGCGAUGUUUUCGGUCUGAUGGAUGCUUACGACCAUGGGGAUUUCAUGCCAGAUGACUUCUUUGAAAUCGGCCGUGAGAUUGUGCGGGACUGGACUGCUAUCAAAGAUGGCAGCUAUGAUGCAGCUUGUCCGACUCCAAUUCAAUCGAUGCUUCUUGAGUUUCAUGAGUAUGGUCGUUUAUACGAGGACCAAGAACUCGCGAGAGUCAAAAACAGACACACGACGGGAAUAUUGGCCAUACUCCAACGGCUAACGGAGAUUGAACGCGUCAGGAUAUCAGACAACUGUCAACAAAAGCUGAUGCCCAAGAAAACUAACCAGCGUCCAGGACGCCAUCAGAGUGUGAGGAAUUCUCAGAGCCAACCCUUCGACUGGAGUGUCUACGGGCAUUUCCAUAGAAAGGAAGCUUCUACCGUCCGGACGUGGAUCCACCUGUACAUCUCCUCGCAGACAUCUUUGGCGCACUAG